AAAGAGGAAAUAAAGAAAUGUUAAUAAAAAAUAUUUGCUUAACCCUUGCGUUGCCACCCAAAAAAAAUCACACUGUCUGCCGCCCAGGGUACCCGGGUACCCGUACGCAAAUUGGUGGGUAUAAGUGCGUUAUACGUAAAAAUAAUUGAGUGCAUUCUAUCAGGAUCUAUUUACUGACAUCUUAGAAAGGUAUUUCUGCUUGAAAGUACCAUAUAAAUUAUGUACAGACACCUACAUAGUCCUAAAUCAGCAAUAAAACGCGCGCUGCUCUAAUGUAAAUUUCUGGAUUCUGCGAAGGCCAGUUCCGUGGAAUUCGAGUUGUGGGGAAACAGGUCGUUCUUUGAAUUGGUUUGUACUUCAGGAACGUUCGAGAAUGCUGUGAAACGAAUAUAAGCUGUAUAGUUCAGUUUCUGUUAUUGACUCGAAGAAGCCAGACGUAUCGCUGUUUGGAUAGUUCUUUAGCGUGUAAUUGUAUUUUAUUUAUAUAAGUCAGUUAAAUAAAAGGAUGGAGGAGUUAUCGAAAUCGCAGUUUUUGAGAUUGAGCGAGGCUCAAAAAGAGGAGUAUAUCAGAAAAUUGGAUGAGGACGUUGACGCCGCGAUCGACAGUGAAGAUCCGUCAGACAGCGAAGACGACGAUUGGUUUCCGGACGGUAUUUAAGCGUCAGAUACUGAAGAUUACGAACAGGAUGGAGCAGCUGAAAUUGAAGAGGAUACAAGUGAUCGUGAAGCUCCAGAGGGUGAAGAAGAAGAGGAUGAUGACGACGAUGAGGAAGAGGGCGACGACAAUGAAGUAGCUGUAUCGACUUCUAAUAGUCGGUCAGACAGUUCAAGUGUUCCACCCAAUACAAGUACAACAUUUAUAGCAAAAGAUGGAAUAAAACCGCACGCCCAAAUCAUCAGAUUCCUGCUAGAAAUAUUGUGAGGCAAAGAGCUGGACCUCAUAGGAGUACGGAAAUGUUGUCAAUCGCUCAAACAUUAAAAAAAAAUUAUCACGUUGGAAAUGGUCGAUAUUAUUGUUCGCUGCACGAAUAAAAAAGCAGAAGCCGUGUAUUGAGUUUACAACAAACAACAUCCAGAAAAUGAACCUCGUGUAUGGAAAAAAGUAACAGUGACAAAGAUGUAUUCCUUUUUUGGAGUAUUGAUAUCUGCUGGUGCAAAUAACUCAAACACAGAUCAUGUAAAUAAAAUGUGGAAGAAAAAUGCUUAUCCGUUAUAUCGUGCAACAAUGGGACGAAUACGCUUUCAGUCGCUUUUACGGUUCAUACGUUUCGAUGAUUAUACAACACGCCCGGCUCGAGUAGCCAAUGAUAAAGCUGCUCUUAUUUCAGAUACAUGGAAGAUGCUGAAUGCCAACUUAGCUGCAUUGUAUCGACCAACGGAACACUUGACCAUCGACGAACAGCUCUACCCUUUCAGAGGAAGAACUAAGUUUACUCAGUAUAUGCCAUCCAAGCCUGCUAAAUACGGUCUGCAAGUAUUUUGGUUGUGCGAUGCAAGUAAUGCUUAUCCACUGAAAGGGAUUUUGUAUACAGGUAAACAAGGUAAUACUCGAGAAGUCAAUCAAGCUGAACGAGUUGUCAAAGACCUGGUCAGCGAUUAUAAAGGAUCUUGCCGAAAUAUAACCACGGACAGAUUUUUCACAACUUUACCUUUGGUGGAGACUCUGUUAUCUUGGAAACUUACUAUCGUCGGUACAUUGAAAAAAAAAUAA